UGUCUAGCAAAUCUCUCUUCUCUACUCCAACACUUUCCAAAACAAAUUGUAAAUACUUCAAACUCCUCAUAAUUUUUACUUACCAUUUCGUCAUCGAUACAACAACGCAUCAUCCUACCCAACUUCCACAACAUGGCUGUAUCUCAAAACGAAGCCCUUCUCGUGGCUGUGUUCAAGCAACUCGCUGUCACAAAGCUCGACUAUAGAAUACUUGGGAAAGACCUCGGUCUGUCAAGAGAAGCAGCUAGAAACAGAUGGGUCCGGUUUCAGGCCAAGAUCAUGCAGUCUGCCAACUCCAAUAAUGCACUUCCAUAUGAGGACACCAGCACACCUCAGACCCCGCCUCAGACCCCUUCUCCAGUGAAGAAGAAAGUUGGGGCUGCCAAGGCAAGAGCUCUGAGUGCGAAGAAGAGGAAGAGAGUGAUGAGCGAGGACAGUGAUCAAAUGAAUUUGAAUUUGAAAAAGGACAUGGGCCAGGAUAGGGACUUGGAGGCUGGACAAUACAUAGAGGCAGAGGAGAUGUUGGAGAUGGAAGCGAGUAGAUAUGAUUUAGCUGCCCGGGGCGAGUUAUGGUGAUGCUCCAGAGGUUUUGUGGGCGUUGUGACUUGGGAUUCAUUUUGAAUCAUAAAUUUGGAGGAUAUGAUGUCGGUCAUCUAUCAAAAUACAUUCAACACAUUUGCC